AUGAACGAAGAGGAUGAGGGUGUUCGCAUCGGUGACGACGAGGAUGACGACAGGAGGCCACUCAUUGGUGGUUUUGAAGGUGGUGGAGAUUACGUCGAAGAAGACCAGCCUCCUCCUCCUUCUGCCGACGAGAGAGACGACGAGAAUACCAGAGGUGAGAGACUGCCGAAAUGGUUCUCUCCGAAACGAUUGCUGUAUUUAUUUUGCUUAGUUGCGAUUGCGUUGUAUUUAGAUCGAGGCGUGGUUUCGUCCGCGGCGGUAAGCGGGCAACCGCCGGGAGGAAGCGACGAGGACGACGCGAGCAAAGACGAGAAAGGGUACGGAUUACAAGGCGAAUUUAACGUCGAUUACGCCGAGUAUGGCGUGUUACAAUCGGUGUUUGUGAUUGGUUUACUCGUUGGUGCGCCAAUAUUUUCAGAGUUGUCGAGAAGUGUGAACGCGUUUACGUUGAUCGCUAUCGGGUUGGGCGCGUGCGCAGUCGGGGAUUUGGGGUGCGCGUUGAGUCCAAAUUUUCAGUUCUUGUUGCUCAUGCGAAUCAUCGUUGGCGUUGGCGAGGCAAGUUUUGUAGCUCUAGCGGCACCUUUUAUCGACGACCACGCUCCAAAAGGGAUGACAACGAGAUGGUUGAGUUAUUUAUACUUGUGCGUGCCGUUUGGUGUGGCGUUAGGUAUCGUGUACGGCGGCAUCGUCGGGACGUAUUUUGGAUGGCGUUUUGCAUUUUUUGGUAACGCGCUUUUGCUCGUGCCGUUGUUUGCAUUUUGCGCGACGAGCGAGCCGAUUGAUUUGAGAAGGAAAGCGAGUAAGACGAGUGCGGAGCAGCAGCAUGGUCAAAAUCAGCGGCAAAAGAAAAACGUCGUCGAAGUGUUCGUGUAUGAUUCUUUAAAGUUGCUCAGGAUUCCAACUUUUUUACUCACGUUGAGUGGGUUUUCGUGGUAUUCACUCGUUCUGGGCGUGUUUAGCGCGUGGGGACCAAAAGCAGGGUUUGCGUUGUUUGAAUACGAAUUGCACACUCGCUCGAACGCGGAUACGGCAUUAGGGAUGGUGACGGUUUUUUGCGGCGUGUUUGGUACGUUACUCGGCGGUAUUGGCGUCGACUAUUUCGCGCAAAAACGGAAAGAGUGCUUUCAAAAUCAAUCCUCUCUUCCUUUCCAUCUCUCCUGGAGGAGAAAUGGAAGAGAAAGAAGAGCACGGAAUUCACCAUCGCCGUUGUCUGUGGAUCCUUCGGUUGCGGAUAAUCUCUAUUUCAGCGCGUUCUGCUCCUUCUUUGCGUUCAUAUUCGUUGUGAUUUCCUUCUCCUCGACGAACUUUUAUGCGUUUCUCUUCUUCCUCGCGGUAGGAGAAUCGUUCGCGUUCAUGCUCCAAGCGCCGAUAAACGCAGUAGUGUUGCGGUCUGUUCCAACUGGUAGUCGUCCGCUGGCGUGUGCAUUGUGCACAGUUGCCGUGCACGUCUUUGGUGACGUGCCAUCGCCUCCGUUGUUCGGAUACUUGCUCGUAAAAUCGAACGAAAAUUGGCGUUGGGUCAUGAAGGUGUUUACGUUGUGUUUCGCGGUGGCCGGCGUCGUUUUCUUCGUUGGCGGAAUGAUUGCAUCCGCGAGUGAUAGAAAUAAUAGAUAUGAUAGCAAUACCGAUAGUAAUGAAGACGACGAGGAAGGCGAAGAGGAUGAGGAAGAAAACGGCGUUUUAAUUAAUACAGAGGGUGCAUUCGCAAGAUAG